AUCCGACAAUUUCGCCGACGAGUUUGUCGACGAAAAGAUCGCGAUCAGCAAUUACAGCCUGUCGGCCAGUGUCGCCUGCAGCAAAUUCUGCCAUGCGGCAGAGGAUGUUUGGGGCAUCAUCUAGUCCACCAUGUGGGCGCCGAUUUUUGGAAAGAGAACCGCACGCAAUACGAUGAUGGAAUGGAAGAGAGAGUUCGAAAAAGGUGAAAGCGGGACCUCAUGUGAAGCUUACGAUCCCAACAUCGUCUGCUCUGCGUGCUGGUCGCCGGGCUUGGGUGUCUGUGUGGCUCUGUCUCUGUUUUUACAACCAAAACAUCAGGCGUUCAACAUCAGAUCCAAGACGCUUUAGUCGUCUUCGUGGACCAACUCAACUUGGCUCCACUUUCUCUUUUAUCAUUUCUAUCUGCAUCUGCUUCGGCUAGUUGCUCUUGGUAAGUAUCAUCGGCAUAUAUCGCGGGAGAGGUAUAUGAUCUGGCACGAGGUCGUUGGGCCGCGAUGUCGAGGAUUGGCUAUGGUUGGCAGGGUGGGAAUAAUGGCCUCGUUCUCGAACAAAAGAUAGCAAUGCUCUGGACAAGAGUUGGAUGGACAGAAAUAAAAAGAAUAUGACAGCCUCGUCUUCAGCCCAACUCCGAACUAAGAGAAUCCUAUUAUGCAC